AGUGCGUCUUCUCCCCCAACCCCACCUCUCUCAACCAAACACCACCAACCACCCCCACCCCACGCGCGCACACACGCACACACACACAGAAGACUAUUGUUAUAACUCGGUGCCAUAAUUAUAUCACGUAACUCGACAACUUCAUUAUUUCAGAGCGUCAGAGUGUUGUUAUUAAUUAUUUGUUAUUAUUAUUAUUUUCCUAUAAAAUCAAGAAACCAAUUUUUUUUAAGGGUUCUUCUUGCUGAAGCUGCUGCUUAAAGACCCACGAUUUGCUUUUUCUGUGAGUGGCUUAAAAGCGCAAAAUCUUGUUAAUUUGUUGCUGAAUUGAAGUGGGGGUUUGAUGGAGACAGAAAACUGUGAUUCCAAGUCAAAGAUGGAAGAUUAUGAAGUAAUCGAGCAGAUUGGAAGAAGUGCUUUUGCAGCUGCUUUUCUUGUUCUUCACAAAACUGAGAAUAAAAAGUAUGUUCUAAAGAAAAUUCCUAUCUCUAAGCAGACGGAGAAGUUUAAGCGUACAGCGCACCAAGAGAUGGAAUUAAUUGCAAAGCUACGACAUCCGUAUAUUAUCGAAUAUAAAGAUGCUUGGGUUGACAAGGGAAGUUGUAUAUGCAUUGUAACCAACUAUUGUGAAGGUGAAGACAUAUCGGAGAUAUUAAGGAGAGCAAGAGGAGUAUAUUUUCCAGAGGAGAAAAUAUGCAAGUGGAUGACUCAGUUGUUAUUAGCUAUCGACUAUCUUCAUUCCAAUCGUGUCCUUCAUAGGGAUCUAAAGUUAUCUAACAUAUUUAUCACAAAGGAAAACGAUAUCCGUCUCGGGGAUUUUGGAUUGGCAAAACUUCUCGACGAGGGUGGUCUUGCUUCUUCGGCUGUCGGAACCCCCAAUUAUAUGUGCCCGGAGCUUCUCGUAAAUAUCCCGUAUGGAUAUAAAUCAGACAUAUGGUCACUUGGUUGUUGUAUGUUUGAGAUUGCUGCACACCAACAAGCAUUUAGAGCUACCGAUAUGGCUGGAUUAAUCAACAAGAUCAACAAAUCAUUGAUCUCUCCACUUCCGAUUAUUUACUCAACCACUCUAAAACAAAUCGUUAAGAGUAUGCUAAGGAAGAGCCCGGAACACAGGCCAACAGCAGCCGAACUUUUACGACACCCGCAUUUACAACCGUUCCUUCUCCGUUGCCACAAUCCAAACACCGUCUUUCUUCCCGUGAAGUCUCCCUCGCCGAACAAGUCAAAGGAGAAAACGAAGAAAUCAUCACCUAGCAGCUCUGGCGCUAAGAAAAACUCUCUGGAGAGAGUAAAACAGAGAGAGCUUCUCCCGUUAUUCGACGAAAAUACCGACACAAAAUUUCCGAAUUUACUCGAUGACGGCGGCGAAGAAGGCUUGAUAGAAUACAAACUCGAGACGAAGAGAGUGGACCCCACUAGCUACUCCGGAAAAAUCUCACACGACAGCGAAGAUUCUAAAAGCGGUGGCACUAGCUGUGCCACAACUGCUUGCAAUGCAGACGAUCUCGAUAAUUUCGACUCUUCGUCAACUAAAGAAACCGUCAAUAUAAACGAUGCGAAGCUGGAAAAUCUUGAAUUUGAGAAGGAAAAAAUAACGGAAUCGGAGAUUUUAUCGAGUCCAAUUGCCACAGAGAAUAAAACAGAGGAUUCUGUUAUUCAAGAAAACAGGGGAUCGACCGAAGAGAGUGUAGUAAGAACUGAGGUGGCUGAAAAUGGUGAUGGUAAGGAAAAGAUCGAAGAAGAAAGUCCGACUAUGUCGAGGCAAACUGAGGAAGAACUCAUGCGGAUAUUAAAUCGAGCGUCGAUGGAUGAUUCUUCUUCGUUACAUUUAGGGCUACAUAGGGCGGAUGCUUUGGAAUCGUUGCUUGAGCUGUGUGCGAGGUUGCUGAAACAGGACAAAUUCGAUGAGCUUUCGGGUGUGUUGAAACCGUUUGGAGAAGAGAUGGUUUCUUCGAGAGAAACCGCAAUUUGGCUCACGAAAACCCUCAUGAAUGCACAGAAGUUGGCUAAGGACUCCUGAUUCUUAAUUUUUUUUUAUGAUUAGAGCCUUUUGCUCUUGAUUAAUUCUUCUUUUUUUUUUUUUUGGUUGUCUUGGGCUUGGAUGUAUAAUUUGUUUGCUACAGGAGUGAUGUUUGAUUGUAAUUUGAGGAUUGGAUUUAUCAAGGGACUUACUUGUCUAAGUUUUUUUCUAGAAUUGAACAAAUUAUGAAAA